AUGAUCCUGUGUGUACCAGGGUGAGUCAUGACUUUCUUUGUCUGUUUUUCUCCUUCCCUAACUUUGUUAAAAUUAAAACAACACGUUUCCUACCUCUUAAAGUUCAUCUUAAUUUAAAGUAGAGUUAAAUUUAAGGUGUUUUAAGGGGUGUUGAUCAAGCAUGGACUUAAGCAAGGAUGAAAACUGUUUAUACUUAUGUCUUGGAAAGGCCUAAUAAAUAAGAUAAAACUUUAAAAAUAUAUCUUUUUGUUUGUUUUUAAGUAUUACUAUCACAAACUCCUUUACGGAUAUAGGAAUGUGUUGUGGUAGAGUUUCUCGGACCAGGUUGCCACCAAUAAGGAACACCUCAAACAGAAUAGAAAACAAACAGUAAACAACAGUAAUUCAGGAAUACGUUUAAAAAAAUGUGGUGAUUUAGCCAUUGAUAAGAAAAAAUCUGCUUUUGUAAGAUGUUCAAUUCAGAUAGUGAAUAGAAAUUUGCUCAGUAGAAGAACAAAUAAUGGAUUAUUUGUCUUCCUGAAUGAAUAUGGAAAAUAAAAGCAAAGCACUGUUUGUUGUGUGAUGUACUUUAAAGGAAAAAAUUCUAAUUUCAGCCGUAUUUUCCAUCUCAUCUCCAGGCCCAGACCUCCUCUGCCCGCUGCUCCAGCUACUGAAGCCCCACGGGGCAUGCGGGCAGGAACAGUACCCUCCACCCCUUGCCUUCAAAGCACCCCUCCACUAUGGGACCCCACGAAGGACCUCAGGGCAAUAGCCAGCAACUUCUGUUAUCUGGAAAAUUCAGGUAUGGUUCAAAUAAGGCAACUGAAAUAAGCAAUUAAGUCAUAAAAAAAAUCAACUAACUGUCUCAGACCUCGUUUUGCACAUUUUGUUCUCUGCCCUGAGAUUUUCAGUUGCAUCGCUAACUGUGGUUGUGUGUAAAUGAAGCAAAAUAAAAGGAAGUGGAAAAUGCAGCAGUAGCUCUUCUUGGUGACUAAUAUGUAGGAAUUUGUGUGUGUAGGAUGGUACUGGGGAGCCGUUACUGCAUCUCAGGCCCACGCUGCACUUCAAGAGGCAUCCGAGGGGGCUUUCUUGGUACGGGAUAGCAGCCACCCUUUGUACAUGCUCACCCUCUCGGUCAGGACUGCACGAGGCCCCACAAGUAUACGGAUCCAGUACAGUGGGGCACAGUUCCUCUUGGACUCCAGCUCCCCUGCACGUCCCAGCCUGUCGUCAUUCCCCAAUGUGCCCAGCCUGGUGCAGCACUACAUGGGACCACAGAAGAAAGCAGAGGAGGGCAAGGUAGAGGAGCAGGCUCCUUGUAAACCCUCCCCGCAGAGCAUUCAGGACACAUCAGUGGUGCUAAAACUGAAGCGGGCUGUGUACAAGCCCCAGAGUCUCCCAUCUUUACAGCACCUUACCCGCCUUGUCAUCAACAGACACACUGACUGCCACGAACAGCUACCACUCCCAAGGCCGCUGCUGCGUUACAUACAGGACUAUCCCUUCAAAGUAUGA